UUUGUGUGUAUUCACGUGAUGAUGUGUAUUACUUCUGUUAGAUGAUAAAACAGAAGCAGUUUUUAAAGAAAUGUCCACAAAAAUGACGCCCGUUUUAUUUUUAAGUGGUUUGAUAUCAUUAGUUUUUGUGCAUAGUGAAGUGAUUAAGCCUCAAUUAAAAGAUUACACCAUUGUAACGCAUUCAUAUUCGACUAAUGUUUGGUAUUUAUGUAAUGAUCAAAAAUCGUGUAUCAAUUAUAACAGUCAACAAAUUCAGUAUGGCCUAAAUUGCCCAGAGGGCAAUACCAGCCAAUUGUGUUCCUGCUACAAAACAUUUGGUGCUACUGGUGCUAAUAUAGGUCUCAUAGUCAAACAAUUAGCUUUUGUGGAUAUGGAACGAUCGGUAAUACGUUUACAGGAUGGAACAGUUUGUGACUAUAAAAAAGAAUCAUGCCAAUUCCUAAAAAAUACCGAUUACGUUGGUGUUUGUUGGGAAUAUACAAAUAAACUCCAUGUACAGCCCAUUAGAGCAGAGGAAUAUACCAUAAAUUCAAACACAUUUCUAGAUUUUGAUUACGAAGGAAGCAGAACCACACUGCAACUAUUGCAUGUUACCCAAAACAACACACAAUUGUGGUGUACUAAUAGACUAGAUAUGGUGGUUUAUAAAGGCUCUUUAGACAAGUACGAUGCUAUGCGUACUAAAAAUAUGUCACUUAGAGAAUUGGGGUGUUAUCCAAAAAUUAUUGAUUCGAUUGAUAAAAACACAGAAAGUGAAUCUGUCAAUAAUAAUAUUAAAACUAAUGAUGGAACUAAUGAUAAUAAUAAUAUGCAUGAAAUGAUGAUUUUUCAAAAGUUCCAACAGUUUUCUGAUAGCUUUUGGGUCAUUAAGUUUGUAUGCAUUCCCGUUAUAGCAGCUUUAAUAUUAUUGCAUAUGAUUCUAUCCUGUCUGCAGUUCAAGAGUUUGAACGAUUUGAAGAAGGGAAAAAGUGUUAAACAGGAGAAGAUCCAAAAGUCUAACAACAAAGCAAAUAAAAAUCAGACCAAUCCAAAAGAAACCUACUACGAGACUGUUAAUUAUGAUGCCAUAAACGAGGAAAUAAAGCCACCAUCUAUAAAAACUGUUGAUUUUAAGACUGUAGAGAAUGAUUUAUACAAAGAACAUUAAUCUAGAUACUUGUAUUUAAGACCUAUAUAUAGACUGAAUAUACAGAGCUCUAUGGUAGAAGAAUAUACCAUAAAUUUAAAUACAAUUCUAGUUUUUGUUUACAAAGGAAACAGAACUACACUGCAACUAUUACAUUGUUCCAAAAACAACCCACUCUUGUGGUGUACUAAUAGACUAGAUAUGAUGGUUUAUAGAGGCUCUUUAGAGGCUUACAACCAAGAUAAUAGUACUGCAAAUAGGUCACCUAGAGAAUUGGGGUGUUAUCCAAAAAUUUUUGAUUCAAAUGAUAAAAACACACCAUCAUCUGAAAGCUUGUGGAUCAUUCAGUUUGUAUGGUUGCCUGUUAUUGUAGCCUUGAUAUUAUUGCAUUUGAUUCUAUCCUGUCUGCAGUUCAAGAGUUUAAAUUUGAAGAAUGGAAAAAGUGUUAAGCAGGAGAAGACUUCCGAAAGGUAUAACAAUACAGUAAAUAAGGACCAAACAAAUUCGAACGAAACCUACUACGAAAGUAUUGAUUAUUAUGAUGCCAUAAACAGCGAAGUAAAGAAUGAGUUAUAUAAAGAACAGUAAUCUAGAUAGUUGGUAUGUAAUAUUGUAAUCAUUUUA